GAGUGCAAAUCAAUGAAGCCAGUCAAACAAACUGGGCUGGGCAAUCGAAGUUGGGACAAUUUACGGAGGUUUCUGUUGCCGGAUAGUCGACGACAAUAAGGACAUGUAUACAGCUAAUAUGUAUAGAAUCCUAUUUUUGUGCCCUUUAUCGGAGUAAAGAGGAUAUCCACGUCAAAUAAUUUUCUACUUAUACGAGGAGUUUUAUGUAUUUCGCUAGAAAAUUGUAGCUUAACUGAAAAAAAACUACCCUCCCAUCGAAUUGAGGAUGAUUUUUGCUAAUACUGGAAACCCACUAAGGACUCCGCAUCGCAAACAGCAACCUGUUGCCACACCGUCACACCCCAUGGCUCCACCCAGCCCGAGCACCAACAGCAGCACCAACAACAGCAGCAGCAGUAGCUGUGCAGGCUGGGAUCAGCUCAGCAAAACAAACCUCUACAUCCGAGGCCUCUCUCCUUCAAGCACAGACCAUGACCUGGUCAAGCUCUGCCAGCCGUAUGGCAAAAUUGUAUCAACAAAGGCCAUCAUGGACAAGACUACAAACAAAUGUAAAGGACAGAGAGCUGACCUGAGCCAUGAAUGUCACACUGGAUAUGGCUUUGUGGACUUUGACAGCCCCGCUGCAGCUCAGAAAGCUGUGGCUGCCCUGAAGACCACUGGUGUCCAAGCUCAGAUGGCAAAGCAACAAGAACAAGACCCGACAAACUUGUACAUCUCCAACUUGCCUUUGUCUAUGGAUGAGCAAGAACUGGAGAACAUGUUAAAGCACUUUGGCCAGGUCAUAUCCACACGCAUCUUGAGGGACUCCUGUGGAAGCAGCAGAGGAGUGGGCUUUGCAAGGAUGGAGUCAACUGAAAAAUGUGAUGCAGUCAUUUCUCACUUCAAUGGGAAGUUUAUUAAGACACCUGCAGGUGUUCCAGCACCACCUGAACCUUUGCUGUGCAAGUUUGCUGAUGGUGGACAGAAAAAGAGACAAAGUCACAAUAAAUUUGCCCAGAAUGGUCGGGGUUGGGCAAGGGAUGGUGACUCCAGACUGGCUGGAAUGACACUCACAUAUGACCCCAGUGCAGCUGCUAUGCAAAAUGGAUUUUUCCCAGGAGCAUACAGCAUUUCGAACAGGAUGAUCGCUCAGACGUCCAUGUCUCCUUACAUGUCUCCGGUUUCAGCAUACCAGGUGCAGAACCCAUCCUGGGUGUCUCAUCAGCCCUACAUCAUGCAGCACCCGGGUACAGUGAUAUCGCCCUCUAUGGACCCAUCUAUGUCACUACAGCCUACUUCCAUGAUGGCCCCGCUUGCACAGCAGAUGAGUCACCUCUCUCUGGGCAGUGCAGGAACGUUUAUGGCCGCCAACACAGCUAUGCAAGGUGCAUAUAUCCCACAGUAUGCACACAUGCAUACAUCAUCUGUUCCUGUAGAGGAGAAUGGUGCACAGUCACAAUUGGACUCAUCCGACAAUCAUUCCCCAUAUUCCUACCAACAAACCAAGUAGUGCUGAGGUAACAUUUGGACAGCUAAAACAAUCGUGUCUUCAAAUGCAAUCUCUUCACUGUUUUGCACAGGUUCUGCAAAUGUUUAAGUGAGACUAUUUUUGGUAUCAUUUUCAGAGAGAGAGAUUAUCUGAGUUCAACAAAUAAUUAAAAUUAUAUUUAAAAAAAGUUUUGAAAGUUUUAUUUUCAUACUAGAAAACGUUUAUUUUUUACCAAGGAUUGCCACAGGAUACGAGAAAGAAUCAUGUGACUAGUUGUUCAAAAUGCAUGAUAGUAAAUAUGUCUUUUGUGUAUAUUUCCAAUUUUUUUUUUCAGCCAGACAUUUUGAAAAUGAUGUUUUUGUGCUUGCUGUGUGAGUGUUGCUAUGGUGAAGUGUUAAGUGUUGUUUUCUUGUAAAAUGAUCUCUCUAUCUGAUUAAAAUUUGCCUUCAUAGUUUUGAUACAGUAACUGUACAGACCACCACAGAAAGCGGCAGUAAGCAAAACAUGUUGAGCUAUUGCCUUAGAAAUUAGCUAUGUAGGAGUUUUUUUUAAUGAAAUCUGUGUUAUUGCUUUUCCCCUCCCAAAACAGAUAGAAAAGUAGAAGAAAUCUUAGAGAAAAUGUCUUGAAUGAAACCACAUCUGAUGAUUUUAUUGGAUGUAAUAUUUAUUUAGUAAGACGACCUCACAUGUUUCUGGAUGUUGGGAUGUGUUAGAAAUUCUGAUGAAAGGUCAGCUUUUGAAUCUUGCCUUUUUGAUUACUUGGUGUUGUAGAAUAGCCAAAAAUGAACUUGGUGGGGUGGGGGAAUGAGAAGGGGCAAAUGAAGUUUGUUUGUCGGUCGUGUUUUUUGUCAUUUUGGGUGAUGUUAAUUGUUAUUUUGAUGGGGUGCGUCUUUCUAUUUGAAAAACUAACAGCAAAACAUAGACUUAUGAUUGUGCAAAAAACUCAGCAAAGCCUUGUAAUAGAACUUAGGCAAAAGUUCAGUGAGUGGGGGGGUAAAAUGAGAUGAAUAUGUGUAUUUUAUAGCACCUCGCUCUUUGAUAGGAAACAAACAAACGUGGCACUUGUAGUUGACUUCACCAAAGAUUGCGAGCUAGUACACUGAGGAAGUAGUAUAAUUUGUCUCUUUAACCAGGACAUAAGUGACUCUGCAAACUAGAUUGCAGUUUGGACAGUGUGCCUUUUUUGUACAUUCAGUUUUCAUAGGUAUUAGUACAGUACGGACACACACAAGCAAGAAGGAAGGCCUGGAUCCAACAAGUGCCACAGAUGAAUUUCAUACUUAGAGAAAAAUGGAAAAAUGCAACAUUACAGUAAAGAUUAAGUUAAAAAGAAAAGAAAAGAAACUAUGAAAGGACAGUAGCAAUCUGAUAUGACAUAGCACUAAAAGAAAUACGUCAGAUUAUUUUAUUGAUGAUAGUGGAUUAAAGCAGUGUAAGCCUGUGAUUCGACCUGGUGGUCAGUCAGACCAGUUAUCUACCUCAGAGUUUUCUUUCUCCUCUGUACUAGGUCGGGUUAGCAGGUCCAGCCCGCCCUUCCAGACCAAAUGCCACGCUCAGGAGCUGGCCACAUACAGCUGUUUCCUUAUAGGUUGUUUUAAAUACUUUUUGAUUUUCUUCAAACCUAUUUUUUAAUGAUGUACUAUUGUAAUUCUUAGGAGGGACGACAAUAUGUUUCUACUCAUGUUCACACAUUCAGUUUCAUUGUUUUAAAAGAAUUGCUGCUUUUACGGCAAUAGAUUCCAGAGGCUGAUCUAAAAUGUUAAAGACCAACAAUGACAACAAAGUGUUGUGGUGUUCACUGGAUCUGUGCUCCUUUAAACAAACUUGUUUGUUGCUUUGUCUUGGGUCUGGACAAACUCGCAGCAGCAUUUCCUCUGCAGUUAGCUAGGGUGUGCAACAAAUGUGGAGGGCCGCUGUGAUUAUACUUGAGAUUUCUGUGUAAUGCCUGAGACUGAGAAGUAAAACUGUCUUGUGAGGUUUAAGCUGCUAGUGGGGUCUGAACCAAGUGCCAUAGUAUCUGGGUCAAGAGUUGCAGAGGUGCAUCCAAGAAAAAUUGCUCAUAUAAGUAACCACCAUGUUGAACAGUCAUUAAGUUAUAUGAAAAAGUUCUAAUUUAUGAAGAUUUUUGUACAGACAGCUUGAGGUAAUAAGAAAUUUUCACAGACCUAUAUGAAAGUUUGUUUUAAUUUUUUUUUUUACUUGUGCCACACAACUGCCAGUGGUAACUUGCAUGUACAGUCUAAGGAAUCUUUCCUCUGUAUUUUUGUUUUAUAGUGUUUGUUAAAGCCAAAGACUUUGGGGUUUUUUUUCAGUAGAUUGUUGCCUAAGGUUUAUUCUUUGUCUUUGACAUUUUUGAAUAAAAAUUUUCAACUUUA